AUGAUGAUGCACAUAUUUAUUGGUUUCAUUACGCAUAUGAAUCACAGAAACUUAGUGCAGCUAGUACCAGAUGAGGUCAAGAAUAUGUGGAAUGAGUGGGCACUACGUGGACUGAUUUUGAUUAGCCUUUCUUCGCAGAUCAUAUUAAGCUUACUAGGCAAUAUUCGGAAAUACAAUCCCAGAACACGAAUCAGAAUCACUCUGUGGUGUAACUACUUAUUGGCAUACGCAGUCGCAUCAGCAGCUCUUGGUAUUAUUACCCGAACUGCCUUAGAUGUAUGCAACACCUCUCAUUCCAUUUCACAACAUCACAAGGCCAACAGUAGUGAGCUCAUGUCUUUUUGGGCGCCCUUUCUUCUCCAUCACCUUGGUGGGCCAGAUACAAUCACUGCUUUCGCAUUGGAAGACAACGAGCUUUUGGUUAAGACACUUUGUAGAGAUUGGGUUUCAAUCAGGAGUAGCUCUGUAUAUACUCUUGUUGUCUUGGCCAGGUUGUUCUCAUCUCCCACAGCUAAGCCUAUUGGUUUAUUUAUCCGGUUUCAUCAAGUGUUUCGAACGUGUUCAAGCUCUAAGGGGUUCAAUGCGAAAGUUGAGGCAGUUCCUGAGCCCCCUCUUCCGGUAAUCAAUCACGCAUAUCCUCAAGAAGGGAAGGAAAUAUCUAUAGCGUAUGAUCUAUUUCAAUCAUUCAAGCGGCUUUUUGUUGAUCUCAUCCUCACAUUUGAGGAUCGGGAUAGUAGCUUAUCCUACUUCCGUCAUUUUAAAUCAAGUGAUGCUUUUCGUGUUGUUGAGAUUGAACUUGGAUUUGCAUAUGACAUGCUUUACACCAAGGCGAAUGUGGUGUACACGAUCUUAGGGCUCAUUCUUCGACUUACUAGCAUUUUCCUCCUUUUUCUAAUACCAGUGGGUUUUUAUUUUCUCAAUGAUAGGAAUCAUUACCAUUGGAUUGAUGUUGCAAUUACCAGCCUGUUAAUCGGUGCAACCAUCUUUAUGGAAAUCUUUGCAGUUAUUACCAUGCUUCGCUCUGAUUGGACAGAUCACUGGUUGAGCCAGCGAAACUACACAAGGAAGAGCCUCGUAUUCCAGUUCUUGAAACAACCAACCAAACAAAGGUGGUCUGGAUCCAUUGCACAAUUAGACCUACUAAGUGUUGCACUCGAGGAGAAGCCCGCUAGUUUAAUGGCAAUUCAGAAAUUCUUUGGGGUAGAUAAGUAUCGAGUAAAGCACCGUUACAAGACAUACAUGAAAGUUUCAGACGACCUGCAAGAUUUGAUUUACAGGCCGUUUCAUGAGUCCAUGGGUGGAAACUCUGAUCCCAAAGUGUUAUGUACUCAUAAAGGUAGUUUUGCACUCCGAGAGAAUAAGUGUGACGCCCUUUUAUGGAGUAUCAACAAGGUGGAAUUCGAUCAGAGUAUUCUUAUAUGGCACAUUGCUACUGCUCUUUGCUAUUACGCAGAGGAUGAAGAUAAAGACCAUGUGGGAAACAUUGAUAUCCAUCGUAGGGAAAGCAAGAACAUUUCUGAUUAUCUUUUGUAUCUUCUGGUAUCAUACCCAGUUAUGUUGCCAAUAGGUAUUGGCAUGAUCAGGUAUCGUGACACAUGUGCUGAAGCCAUGCGUUUCUUUAAAGAAAAAAGGUCCUACUUUUGCCACGAAAUCUAA